AUGUUGAGAACAAAGAAUACAAGGGAGGAGCGGGGGGCCGCUUGGAGCGCAGGUGUUGGGGAGCAGCUGCGGCUGACAGUGAGUGAUGGUGUAGGGAGGGUCACAUGGCAAGAAGCAAGUGACAACUGCCAAGCUAAGGGACACAAACUAGCUGUUGUAUACAAUCAAGAACAGCAGAAAAAGUUUGAAGAAGCCGUUACAAGAUAUACAAUAAGUUUGGGCUCUCGCAACGCGGAACUGUGGAUUGGUUUAACAUCUGAAGACAGAAAGUUUAAGUGGAUGGAUGGAACUGAGCUGGAGCUGCCUGAUUGGUUGCCUGGAGAGCCUAACAUUAUGGGAGGAAUUGAGGAGGUCUGUGUGGAAGCCAUUCCAGAAGAGAGCAACCGACCUCUUUGGCCCGGCGGCAAACCGUAUCAGUGGAACGACGGCUACUGCGGUGAGAAGCAGCGGUAUUUCUGCGAAGAAGAAAUCCCCAAUCGUUAUUAA